AUGAAGAAACUAGAUCGUAAACUGUUCGGUGACGUUUGUUGUUGGUUUAAAACGUUUAUUUCUAUUAUUGUUUUUUUAUUGGCUGUGGCUGUUGCUGUUUUCCCAUUUUUUAUUUACUAUCUAACACGUUCUAUACCAAAAUUAUCUAGUGAACUCACUCAUCGUCUACCAACGACUAUUAUACCAUCGAACUAUCGACUGUAUAUCGAUAGUAGUCAACUUGAACAAUUUGUUUUUCAUGGAACUGUAGAUAUUGAUAUUCAAAUAAAUAAAAUUGUCAAUGAAAUUAUUUUAAAUAGUUUUGACUUGAAUAUUACAGGAGUAAGAUACCAACAGAAUGAUACCGAUUUAUUCUCUUAUGGAACAGUUGAAUAUGAUAAUGUUUAUGAACAAAUUAGACUUAAAUUUUCACAUCGAAUCAAUAUUGGACAUGGCCGUGUAUAUUUGUCAUUUAAGGGGAGAAUAAAUGAUCAACUUCAUGGAUUUUAUCGAACUAAAAAUCACGAGCAUAUAGGUGCAUGCACACAAUUUGAAGCUGCUUAUGCUCGUCGUGCAUUUCCUUGUUUUGAUGAACCAUCAUUUAAAGCUAAUUUUUCAAUAACUAUUCGUGCUCCUAAACAUUUAACAACAUUGUGUAAUAUGCCGAUUAAAUCAAAACAUGCUGAUGACAAUAAUACGUAUACUUAUGAAUUUGAUUCAACACCAAUUAUGUCGACUUAUUUAGUUGCUUAUGUUAUUGGACAUUAUGAUUAUGUUGAAACACGUGAUUCAGAUAAUGUAUUAAUACGUGUUUAUACACCAAUUGGAAAGAAAGAACAAGGAUUAUUUGCUUUAACAACGGCUGCUAAAAUUCUUCCAUUCUAUGCUGAAUAUUUUGGUAUUAAAUAUCCAUUAAGUAAACUUGACAUGAUUGCUAUUGCUGAUUUUGGUUCCGGUGCAAUGGAAAAUUGGGGAUUAAUAACUUAUCGUGAAACAUAUCUACUUGUUGAUACACAUAUAUCAACACAAAAAACUCGACAAGAAGUUGCACUUGUUGUUGCACAUGAAUUAGCACAUCAAUGGUUUGGAAAUCUAGUUACAAUGGAAUGGUGGAAUGAUUUAUGGCUUAAUGAAGAUAAUUUUGCAUCAUGGAUUGAAUUUCUUGCUGUUGAUCAUGUUUAUCCGGAAUAUGAUAUAUGGACACAAUUUGUUUCGGAUACAUUAGCAACUUGUAUGAUACCUGAUGCAUUACAAAGUAGUCAUCCAAUUGAAGUAUCUAUACGUAAACCAAGUGAAAUUGAUGAAAUAUUUGAUGAUAUUACGUAUGGAAAGGGUUCUAGUGUUAUUCGAUUACUUCAUGCGUAUAUUGGUAAUGAAGCAUUUCGUCGUGGUCUGUCAAAUUAUCUUGCUGAAUAUGCAUAUAAAAAUACAAUAACAGAUAAUCUUUGGUUCCAUUUAUCAAAAGCAUCAAAUCGAACUCAUUUAUCUGAUGUAUUAUCAACAUGGACGAAACAAAUUGGUUAUCCUCUUCUUAUGGUUAAUCAAGAGCAAAGAGGAAAUGAUCGAUUAUUAACAAUUGAACAAACAAGAUUUCUAGCUGAUGGAACAAGAGACGAUAGUUUAAAAUGGAAAAUACCAAUAAAUAUUUGUACAAAAUCAAGUCCAAAUAGUAGUGUAUUUCAAUUAUAUUUAAAUGGAGAAAAAAAACAAGAAUUUCUCCUAAAACAAGUGCCUGAUACAGAAUGGAUUAAAUUAAAUUUAUUUAGUGUUGGUAUAUAUCGUGUUCAUUAUCCUCAAUCAAUGCUUGAGGCAUUAACACCCGGUAUUCAAAAUCAUACACUUUCACCUCAAGAUCGUUUUAAUAUUCAAACUGAUGUAUAUGCAUUAGCACGUGCUGGACAUUUAGGUUAUGUUGAUUAUUUAAAAUUACUUCGUUAUGCUUAUAAAUAUGAAGAUAAUUUAACUGUAUGGAAAUCUAUAAUACGACAAUUAACGGAACUCAGUUCAAUAUUUGAAUAUGCACAAUUAAAUAAUACAAAAAUAUUAUAUCAAUCCUAUGUAUGUGAUCUUUUAUCAAAUAUUUAUAAUAAAAUCGGAUGGGAUGCAUUACCAAAUGAAGAUUCUCAAAUACCAAUGUUGCGUAGUUUAAUAUUAAUAUAUAUGGGUAUAAAUGCAUAUGAUCAAACACGAAUUGAAGCACAUAAACGUUUUGAAAAUUUUUCUAUGCAAAAUAAUGAUUAUCAUUUGAUUAAUCCAAAUAUUCGUGCUGCGAUUUAUUUAACUGUAGCUAAAACAGGAAAUCAACAGACGUUUGAUCAACUUAAAUCGCUUUAUCUUAAAGCUGAUACACAAGAAGAACGUAUUCGUUUAUUAACUGCACUAUGCCGUUUUGAUGAUGAAUAUUUUCAACGUCAAGCAUUGAUUUUUAUUUGGAAUACGACUGCAGUUCGAAAACAAGAUCAUUUAACUGGUUUUGCUUCAUUAGCACAACAUAAUCGACAAGGUUGUGAAAUGUGUUGGACAUAUAUGCAAAAUAAUUGGAAUAAAAUUGAAAGUAUUUAUGGUCGACAUGAUUCACAUUUAGUACAUUUUAUUGAAACCGUACCAGGAUUAUUUAUUAGUAAAGAAAGAGCUGAAGAAGUUCAAAAAUUCUAUACUAAUUAUCCGAAUCCAUAUUUGGAAAGAUCAGUUAAAAAAGUACUUGAACAAAUACGUAUUCGACGUCUUGUACUUGAACGUCAUGAACUUAGUAUCAAUGAAUUUCUUAAUGUUCAAUAA